UGUGGCCUAUCGCUACUGCGCAGAGGCGGGGGCGUGGCUUAUCGGUGCGCUUGGGCUGUGCCGGGUCCCGGCUCCGCAGUUGUCGCUCGGCGCGGUCGUGCUGGGGGCGAUGCGGCGGCGCGGCGAGCGGGGCGGCGACAGCAGUCGCGACGGCGACACCGAGCGAGCCAGGGAGGAGCGGGGGGACGGCGCGGGACAGCGGCAGCGAGGCUGCCUGGCCCGAUGUCCCCGGCUGCGCGCCCUCCUCCUGGGCCUGCUCCUCAUCUACAUCACCUUGCCCUUCAUCAUCCGCCUCUUCCCCACCCUGAUCACCAAAUUCACCUUCCUGAACUUCUUGGCAUUCCCCUACUUCGUGGACCUUCAGCGGCCAGAGCUGCUGGUGAACAACACCAUCAACCUGUACCUCACCACCGAGCCAGGUGUCACCGUUGGUAUCUGGCACACGGUGCCAGGCAGCAGAGGGGCCGAGGCGCAGGGCAAGGACCAGCGCUGGUACGAGGAGGCACUUGCUGAUGCUCAUCCCAUCAUCAUCUACAUGCACGGCAAUGGAGGGACUAGGGCUUCGAGCCACCGUGUCCAGUUCUUGAAGGCGAUGGGGGCUGCCAACUUCCACAUCCUGGCUCUCGACUACAGAGGCUAUGGGGACUCCAGCGGGCACCCCACAGAGAAUGGAUUGACCACGGAUGUCCUGGCACUCUACGACUGGGCCAAAGCACGGAGCGGAAAUAGCAGCAUCCUGUUCUGGGGACACUCCUUGGGGACGGGGGUUGCCACAAACUUAGCAAGGAAACUACAGGAGGAGCGAGGGGUCCAGGUUGAUGGUGUCGUCCUGGAGUCUGCCUACAGCAACAUCCGUGAGGCAGCCAGCAGCAACUGCAUGGCAAAGCUCUACUACUACUUCCCAGGUUUCGAGUACUUCAUCUUGGACCCUCUACAUCUCAGCAACCUAUUCUUCAGCACCGAUGAGAACUUCAAGAUCAUGUCCUGUCCGCUCCUCCUCCUGCAUGCAGAAGAUGACAUGGUGCUGCCUCUGGACAUGGGCCGCAAGGUCUUUGAGCUCGCACGCAACACCUACGAGGACAAGAACAAGGUGAAGCUCGUUAUCUUUCCCAAAAAGCUGGGCUUGGGCCACGACUACAUCUCCUACAACCCAGAGCUGCCCACCCUGGUGAAAGACUUCUUUAACCUGGAGAGAAGCCAGCUGAUGCGUGCAGCACCCGCGAGCACUCCCUCAACCCCACACCAUGACCCCUCAGAGCACUGAACAAAAAUCUCUACGACAUUAAAGCUACUGAGAAACUGAGUCACCCACUGCCUCGAGGACGCUCCGGGUUCCUCAGGGGAUGGAGAUGCUGCUGCGACCUGGGUGCUGCUCCUGGGACAAGACCACGCACACUGUGGCGCCAGGAGCAUCAUCCAGGGCAGCGGUAGGGGUACACGAGCCUCGCUGCUAACCCCCCCCACGCACUGAUGCCUUAGGACAAAUGAGCUGCACCCCAAACCCUGCUUUAGCAUCACCUGCAAGGGCUCA